AUUAUGAAGCCUUUGUGCUUUUUUUUAUUGCAUAGCUAAAUUACGUUUGCUAAUUGAGAUUAUCGCAGAACAAAACAUGUAAAAAAAUAUCCUAAACCUGUGUUUACCACUAUUUCCGUCCUUUAUUCCAAAACGCCCUUAAUUUUCCCAAUGGGCUUUGUCCAAGCGAACCAUGGAGUUAGUGCCUACAAAAAUACGCCAUUACUAUUGCCCUACGGUAAACUGUUCGGUGUGUUCCAAAACCGUCGAUUGCUUUAUUCUUCAGGGAAGUCUGGCUUUACGGCAGUCUUGAAGUCGUCCUUCGACUAGUUCAGCAUGAAGUAGCUACAUUUACAUCAAACGUUUGAUUCAAAUGAGUUUAUUUGAUCUAUUUCGUGGAUUUUUUUGGGUACCUGGAGGAGGCCAUGAUCGUGGUGAGGGCCGAAGGGACCCCUUCUUCGAUGGCAUGACCCACGACGAUGAUGAUGAUGAAGAAGAGGAGGAUGGAAUCUACUUUGAUGGUUCACAGGGUGGUGGUGGCCAGCAGGACCUGUUUGAUAAUCAGUGGAGGUUUGGGUUCAGCAUGGGCCCAAACGGAGUGAGGAUCCAGGAGCCUGAGAUGUUUGGCCAGUUCUUCAGAGAGAUGGAGAUCUUCUCACAGCUAGGGCGAGACGAUGGUGUUACGAGUAUUGAGGCGCCCCUUUCCCAGGACAGGUCAGAGAAAGGUGGGGGAGGAUCCAGUGGAAACUGCUUGAGGGACUUCAUGUUGAAAGGCCCCAAUGACUGCCCGUGUGGGUCGACUGGGCUACCCUCAGGACCAUCAGAAGGCCCCAGGGUCGAUAAGAACCCUCCAUCUGGUGGCCCAUGCUUCCCCAACACACCCUUUGAUUACUGGACACCCUUUUCUAAGUUCAAUGAUAGUUGGAGAGGAAGGCUACAAAGGGGUCAAAAGCAGGAGCCGAAAGCAGACAGAGAUCUGGACUCGCAAGUCUCCUUUGGAGGGCUCGAUCAGAUUCUAGCGCCACCUGCUUGGUCUUCCACUCAGCCAAAGAUGCGCUCUUACUUCCAGUCGGUCACUGUCACCAAAGUGGUGAAGCCUGAUGGGAGUGUUGAGGAGAGGCGCACAGUCCAAGAUGGCCAGGGGAACGAGGAAACCACAGUGACUUAUAUAGGGGGGCGCGAGGGGGUACAGGAUCAAGCCGGACCGCUCUUACCACCAGGUGGCACACACCCCUUUUCGGAAAUGCACGAUGAUCUUUCCUUGUUUUCAAAAUUCUUUGGAGGCAGGAGGUGAACCUAUCGAUUGGGAGCUCGGAAGAAGAAUAAAUGUCAAAUCGUUUCUAGACAUUAUUUCACUGUAUUACAUUGUGGUAAAGUAAUGUUUAGGGUUGGUUAUAUUUUCAGUGAGGAUUUAAUGUUGUUUAUUGCCUCUCUCUUAACUAUGGGCAGGCUGGAUAAACUAAGCUUGGUCCCAGAUCUGUUUGUGCUCUUGCCAACUCCAUUGCUCAUUGUCAAGCCAAAAAUGACUUGGCAUGACAAAUGAGUGACAAGGAGUUGGCAUGAUGGUACAACAGAAUGGCACUCAGGCUAGAAUCAACUAUGAUUGCCAAAAUAACUGAGUAUUUCUGUUCAGUAAAACAUGUAGCAUUGCAGUGUGAUUCUUAAUUGACCAAUACCCACUAAGUGAGCUAGGCAGAAAAUAUUAUGGACAAAAUUGAAGAGUGAAAUAACCCUUUUGUGAAUAGUUUGCAGAAACAGCUCAACCUAAAUCGAGCAUAAGAAAAUUCUGACUUGUCAAUAUGCAUAUUUUAUUUUUGUAAAGUCCUUUUCAAAUUCUGCAAUGUGAAUUUAUGACUGAACAAUAGAGGCGUAAUAUAUUUACACGGAGUGUUUUUUAUAAAAAUUGCAAUGCUUCAAUUGCCUCAAUUUGCGUCCCACUACUCAGAAGCAUUUGCAUUUUUUGUAGAUCACACCAAAAAAUGGUUUUGCCAUUUCUAUGAGGUAAGAUUAAAAUGAAGUAGGCUCUUGCAACAAUGAAAUGGUAUUUCCAGAAAACAAGCGUAAUGUGUACCUUUUUGUUGUUGCCUAAAGGUUGUUGACCUGCCUUCAACAAAAGCAUUGCUACAUGUACUUUGUAAUAUGGGUUAACUUUAAUGUGAUCUUCAUGAUGACACCUGCUACCACAUUUUUGCUUUGCAAAAGACACACAAUCUGAUGUAUGUAUGGCUGGUGUAUGUUUUUGCCAGAUUCUUCUGUAGGUGUGGUGUUAACUGUUGCCUGUUAAACAGCAGUCCAAGGCUUCUGAAUUUAAAAUGUACUUGAUGUCAUACACUUAUUUUUUGAGAAGCAAGAGAGCUAGUAAAGUCUGUUAGAAAAGAUAGGAUGGUCAUCUUAUUGAUGAUGGAUGAUUAUCAUAAUUUAGCUAAAUGCUCACCUCUGACCUAAUCUGUUCCAUUAUAUGGUCAGAGACUCAACUGGUUUAAGAAAUAAAAAAUGUAAUCUGCA